AUGGCCGUCAGGAGGAUUGAGAUUGUGCUAGCUUUGGUCCUUGUAGUGGCUCUGUGGGAAGGCACUGUUGAUGCUCAAUCAAGCUGCACCAAUGUGAUCAUCAGCAUGUCCCCAUGCCUUGAUUACAUAACAGGAAACUCAUCAACCCCAUCUUCCCCAUGUUGCUCACAGUUUGCUAAUGUGGUCAGCUCACAGCCAAAGUGCCUCUGUGAGGUUCUUAAUGGAGGCUCCUCUUCCGUUGGUGUGAACAUCAAUCAGACGCAGGCAUUGGCCCUCCCCUCUGCUUGCAAAGUCCAAACACCCCCGAUUAGCCGAUGCAGCGGGUCAUCUCCACCACCGGGUUCUCUCGCAGGGGCACCAACUUCUCCUUCAGGGAGUCGAUCUAAAACUGUACCAUCACCAUCGGAUGGAAAUUCUAACAAGAUGGCAUUUCCUCUGCUGUUCUUCUUGCUCUUCAUUGCAUCAUAUGCUUCAACUUCCACAGACAACUAA